GCUCUAUAGUUAGCUAGCUAAUUUUCGCUGUAGCGAAUACACUAGCAGCCACUGAUUCUAGGUCAGUUUUGUUUUCCUGUCUCUCUACACUCGUUUCUAGCUGAACAGGCUGAACGAAUAAUAACUGACUCCAGAUCAGCGCACUGAGUCCCAGCGUUACCUCGGAAGUAGAAAGGGUUUAUGGGAGUUUUGUGUGUUAGCUGACGUCUGCCUGCUUUCUACUGAACCAGCUGUGUCGAAGGGAGCUAAGAACAGACGGCAACAUUGCAACUCAUUUGCUGGAUUAAUCGGGUCAUUCGCACCCACACACACACAACUACAGAAGAAGAAGAACUCUGAACGGGGGAAUCCCCCACCUUAGCGAGGAGGUUGCCUUUGUCUAACACGUCGCCUCUUCCUAAACUGCAAACAUGGUGUUAGCUGACUUGGGGAGGAAAAUCACCUCCGCGCUGAGAUCUCUCAGCAAUGCCACCAUCAUCAACGAGGAGGUUUUGAAUGCUAUGCUUAAAGAAGUAUGUGCAGCCUUACUGGAAGCUGAUGUCAACAUCAAAUUGGUAAAACAGCUGAGGGAGAAUGUCAAGGCAGCCAUUGAUCUUGAGGAGAUGGCCUCUGGGCUGAAUAAGAGAAGAAUGAUCCAGCAUGCUGUUUUCAAGGAGCUUGUCAAGCUGGUAGACCCUGGAGUCAAAGCAUGGACGCCUACUAAGGGUAAAAACAACAUCAUCAUGUUUGUAGGUCUUCAGGGCAGCGGGAAAACCACAACAUGUUCUAAGUUGGCAUACUACUACCAAAGAAAAGGAUGGAAAACAUGUUUGAUUUGUGCUGACACUUUCAGAGCAGGUGCCUUUGACCAGCUGAAGCAAAAUGCAACAAAAGCCAGAAUUCCAUUUUAUGGAAGCUACACAGAGAUGGAUCCCGUCAUCAUAGCUUCUGAGGGAGUGGACAAAUUCAAGUCAGAAAACUUUGAAAUAAUCAUCGUCGACACCAGUGGUAGACAUAAGCAAGAAGACUCUCUGUUUGAAGAAAUGCUUCAGGUUUCAAAUGCUGUGCAACCCGACAACAUUGUGUACGUGAUGGACGCAUCCAUCGGUCAGGCCUGUGAGGCUCAAGCUAAAGCCUUCAAGGACAAGGUAGAUGUGGCCUCCGUCAUUAUUACUAAGCUUGACGGCCAUGCUAAGGGUGGUGGUGCGCUCAGUGCAGUCGCUGCCACAAAGAGUCCCAUAAUUUUCAUCGGCACAGGAGAACACAUUGAUGACUUUGAGCCUUUUAAAACUCAGCCCUUCAUCAGCAAGCUGCUUGGUAUGGGAGACAUUGAAGGACUGAUAGACAAAGUGAAUGAACUGAAGCUUGAUGAUAAUGAGGAGCUGAUUGACAAACUCAAACAUGGCCAGUUUACACUCAGGGACAUGUAUGAGCAGUUCCAGAACAUCAUGAAAAUGGGACCUUUUGGACAGAUCAUGGGUAUGAUCCCAGGCUUUGGAACAGAUUUUAUGAGCAAAGGCAAUGAACAGGAAUCUAUGGCCAGAUUAAAGAAACUCAUGACCAUAAUGGACAGCAUGAAUGACCAAGAACUGGACAACAAAGAUGGUGCUAAGCUCUUCAGUAAGCAGCCAAACCGGGUUCAAAGGGUGGCACGAGGAUCUGGAGUCGCCACUAGGGACGUGCAGGAGCUCCUCACACAGUACACAAAAUUCGCCCAGAUGGUAAAGAAAAUGGGUGGCAUUAAAGGAUUAUUUAAAGGAGGGGACAUGUCAAAGAACGUUAACCCGUCUCAGAUGGCCAAGUUGAACCAGCAGAUGGCGAAGAUGAUGGACCCCAGAGUGCUCCACCACAUGGGUGGAAUGGCUGGACUGCAGUCAAUGAUGCGGCAGUUUCAGCAAGGGGCCGCUGGCAACAUGAAAGGAAUGAUGGGAUUCAACAACAUGUGAACUUUAGAGCCUUAAAUUAAAGAUGGCAAAGAAAACAACCGGAUGGUUUUUAAGAUGCAAACUUGAGUGAAGGAAGGUUUGUUUUUUUUGCCUCAAAUAUUGUAAUUAAUCAAACCACGUCAAAUAUUCAGAGGCUUAUUUAUUUAUUAAGCCUAUUUUUCCUGAGGAAGCCUUGGCUAUACAAACUGUUUGACUGGAAGGUUUGAUCAAUGAGAAGCAUGUAUAUUGAAAUAUGUUCAGCUGUGUCUAAAGCCAUUAGGCUGUAAUGCUCAAAUCAGGUUUAUCAAAAAAAAAAUUGUUAUUUUUUUUUUUUUUUUUUUACCAGAUCAAAUUUCUGUGUUCAGACAAGCAGUCAGCGUGCAUUUGUGUGCUGAAGUGGCAGUGUUGAUAUGUAAAACUGGUCUAAAUUUUAAUUGGCAAGUUCUAGUUAAAUCUGUAAUUUGUAGACUGUGCAGAACAAUUAAAUGUUUACAGGAGAAUUCUAUGAUUUUGUGGAGAGACAUUGCUGAUUACCACAUAGACUGACAGAGACACAUACACACACAGACAUGUUAAUUGCCAGCCAUUGGCUUAGCUUCUUUUACCACAUAUGAACCAAAUUAAAAAAAAUACAGAUUCUGUGAUUUAUUCUUCCCCUUAAUUGUGAUGGAGGUUCUUACAGACGGAAUAUCUGAGCGAUCGUGGUUAAUUGUGUUUAUUUUUUUUCUGAAUUUGCCAUAGAGAAGCUUUGGCUUUGUAUCUGAGACAAAACUACAGUAGUGGCAGAUUAGUCUGUGGCAAUAUUUUGUCAUAACAUUAUAAUAAAUUUAUAUAGCAACAUUUUAACAA